CCAUUCGGGCUUCUAUUCGCUGUUCUAUCAUCAGCAGCUACAAGGCAUCUACUAACGUACAUGUACCUCAUCCAGGACGGACAAACUCCCCAACCCACCCCCUGUUCGGCUCUGCACAGACAUUGACCACUGUUUGUUUGUUUAUGUCUUUGCUCUUCUUUUCUUUCAUCCUUUCCUUUCAUCCUCGCCUCUGUUUGCUGCACUACAAAACAAAAUGGCUCGAGGGAUGCGCUUUUCAACGUUCCCUGCGUGUCGCCAUCGUUGCAAAUGGCAUAGCGCUGUCUAGCGCGCGGAGCUGCCCCAGAACCCCCUGGCCUGCCAAUAGCGCCAGCAUGUCGCCGCUUCAUUUUGCUGGUGAACACCAACAAAUUGCGAGGCGCGAUGCCACGAUCCACCAACGUCUGGUCCAGAGCCGGGGGCCCUCCAGUACCUGUACCUGGACGAAUCACUUGUGUGGGUGCGUAGGUACAGGUACUCGUACAGGCAUUUGCUCAACCCUGGCCGGGCUAGGCGGCACGUCAAUUCGUAUCCUCGCUUCCCCGUGCUCGACUCGUGGAGAGCAUCCAAGCCCAUCUCGACCAGUCAUUUCUUUGCAGCCAAGGUACUGGUACGUGCGCCCGCUGGCACCUGGACCUGUACUCGUACUGCAGGCACUGCGCUGGCCAGAGGUCUGGUCGCAUUGAAGUGGACGGAUGCUGCUCUCUAUCCAUUCAAUCGGCGCUCGUCCCUGGGUCUGUACCUGUACCUGUACCUCCACCCUUACCUGCUGGUACCUUGCAGCCUUGGUGCUUGUGCUACCGCACGCUUAGGGUCUGGUAGCGUUAGCAGACAGUUCGCCUGGGCUGGACUCAACCGCCUCCUCCCCUCUUCUGUUUGACAUCAAUCAAAUCUCUGAUCGACCGGCGACGGCCUCUGAGACUUCGUUUUUCCGUCUCUAUUUUUGUAUGCUGAAUCUGCGGCUGGUCGCGCGCUUGCACAUCCCUCGUUUUUCACUGUUGCCGUCGCCUGUGUCACACUCGACACGUCCGUUC